AUGAUAGCUUUUGGCUACCGUCAGAGCAAUUCAGACCACACGUUAUUUCUGAAGAAACAACAAGGUAAGAUCACUGCACUCAUUGUAUAUGUAGACGACAUGGUGGUUACAGGAAAUUAUCUUGAAGAAAUAAAGGCUCUCAAGAAGUACUUGUCCAGAGAAUUCAAAAUGAAAGAUCUAGGUCCUUUAAGAUAUUUUCUUGGGAUCGAAGUAUCUCGAUCUAAUAAAGGAAUCUUUCUAUCUCAAAGAAAAUAUGCCUUAAAUCUAUUACAAAAGACUGGCAUAACAGCAUGUCAACCAGCUGGGACACUAGUGGAAGAAGGACUGAAGUUAUGUGUUGAGUCCAACCAACUACCUACUAAUAAAGGAAGAUACCAAAGACUUGUAGGGAGAUUGAUGUACUUAGCACACAUGAGACCGGAUCUAGCUUAUGCAUUGAGCAUUGUUAGCCAGUUUAUGCAUGAUCCUGGAUAG